AUUUGUUUAGUUUUUUCCACUCAAAACUUAGUCUGCAGCUAGGAGUUUGUUCAACUCACUUCGUGAAACGGGCCUCGGUGAUAGUUGUUGUUUUUUUGCACGCGCUCACACCUCGUUGGCUACUGGAAGAUGUGACGUCAUGUACAGUCUGGGUAGACCCAAUCACAAGACGAGUCUCAUCUGGAGAGCUGUGUUUUAUUUCUAAGGGGCGUAUUUUUCGAGUUCGUUUCAUUACAAACCAACGUUCGUUGUAACCCGGACGCUGAGUUGUAAUGUCAGGUGUAUAUUUGGAAAAUAAAUAUAUACUGUUAAGAUGAUAAUACUGCAUAAAUGGUCCAAAAGUGGUAUUUAGGAACGUUUUUUUUUCUUUGUCAGUGGAUGGAUAGAGGACGCUACAGAAGACGAGGCUGUCUACAUGAAUAUAACCAGUGCUGUACUCAAUGACCAAUAAACAGAAUAAAAAUUUUUAAAAUGAAGAAGCUAAGGAGACGAAGUUGUCAAAUUGCAUUCGGCAGAAGACGGAGCAGUUCCUCCAACCAUACAGAUCAGGAUAUUCUUCUCCGCUCUCCCUCCCCAUGUAGGCUUAAUUUCUCCUUGUCCAGAGACACACUCACAUAUGCCCAGUCUCAGAAAAUGUUGGAGGUAGAACUUGAGGGAAGAGUUCAUCAGAUUAAUGUUUCUGACCCACUCAAAGUCAUCACAGAGGAUGAGAUGCUGGCGCAGGACCUGGCAGAGUGCAACAGCAACAAAGAGAACAGCGAGCAGAUUGCAAGCUAUGCUCAGCGGGACCACACAGUCUCAUCAUAUAAGGACAGGAGGAAAGAAAACAAACAUGGUGGCAGAAGUAGACAUUCUGGUGGCCACCACUACACCCACAACCAUUUGAGCUCAAGUUAUCACACUCAGUUAGUGAGCUCUCUACCUAAGCCCACCUUCCACUGGGUGGACACCUACGCACCAUCAGAGGCUCGUCCUCUUCCUGUGGCCUACUACCGUUAUGUGGAGAAGUCCAAUGAGGAGCUGGAGAUGGAGACGGAGUAUGACAUGGAUGAGGAAGACAUGGCUUGGCUGGAGAUUGUCAAUCAGAAACGUGUAUCAGAUGGGCAUGCCUCAGUCUCUCCUGACACAUUUGAGUUACUGAUUGACAGGUUGGAGAGGGAAUCUAUUCUGGAGUCCCGGAGCCAAGUCUUGUCCCAGAGCGCCAUUGAUGAAGAUGCUUUCUGCUGUGUGUGCCUGGAUGACGAGUGCCUUAACAGCAAUGUCAUCUUGUUUUGUGACAUCUGCAACUUGGCUGUGCACCAAGAGUGUUAUGGUGUUCCCUACAUACCUGAAGGCCAGUGGUUAUGCCGCUGCUGCCUGCAGUCCCCUUCUCGGCCUGUGGACUGUGUCCUUUGCCCAAAUAGAGGAGGUGCUUUUAAACAGGCCAGCGAUGGCCGCUGGGCCCACGUAGUUUGUGCUAUCUGGAUCCCUGAAGUUUGCUUUGCUAACACAGUAUUCCUAGAGCCUGUAGAAGGAGUGAAUAACAUUCCCCCUGCAAGAUGGAAACUCACUUGCUACCUGUGCAAACAGAGAGGGAGGGGGGCAUCCAUUCAGUGCCAUAAGGCCAACUGUUACCGAGCAUUUCAUGUCACCUGCGCUCAACGGGCUGGGCUCUUCAUGAAGAUUGACCCAGUCUGUGAGACUGGCACUAACACCACAUUCACUGUGAAGAAGACUGCCUUCUGUGGGAACCAUUCUCCUUUUGGAGCACAAAUGGGGUACAGUGAAGUGGCUGGAGGCUUUGUAGGGGGUAGGGGUCAAAGGUCAUACACUCUAGGACCUGCAGUUCAGCAAAAUCAGCAUGGGAGCAAAAAGGGUUCGGUCGCACAGCAACAAAAGAAGACAAGAAAGAAUGCAAAUGGAGUGUCACGCAAGUCAGCAGUGCCUCUACUCCUUGUGCCCCAAAUCCCUUCCUACAGGCUUAAUAAGAUUUGCACAGGCAUGCCAGUACAGAGGAAGAACCAGUUCAUGCAGAGGCUUCAUAAUUAUUGGCUGCUAAAACGCCAUUCCCGCAAUGGAGUUCCACUCAUCCGUCAGCUCCACUCACACCUACAAGUUCAGAUGAAUAAAAAGCCGGAUGCCAAGGUGCAGGCAUUGAGGUUGGAGCUAAAAUACUGGCAGAAGCAGCGGCAACACCUAGAGAAAGCUCGACUCUUGAUCGAGCUCAUCCACAAGAGAGAGAGGCUCAAACGUGAACAGCUAAAACUGCAGCAGAUGAGUUUGGAACUCCAGCUUACUCCAGCCUUAGUACUGCUGCGCUCCACACUGGAGCAACUGCAAGAGAAGGACACUGCUUGCGUCUUCAUUUCACCUGUCAAUCUGUCUGAGGUUCCAGAUUAUCUGGAGUUUGUUGCUGAGCCCAUGGACUUCUCUACCAUGCGUGAGAAGCUGGAGGCACAUAAGUACUGCUCUGUGGCAGAUCUGGAAGCUGACUUCAACUUAAUGGUGUCUAACUGCCUGAGGUACAAUUCCAGUGACACAGUGUUCCACAAAGCUGCCAUGCAGCUCAAGGAGGUGGGUGGUGUCAUCUUGCGGCAUGCCCAGCGCCAGGCUCUUAGCACAGGCUUUGAACUUUCUACAGGCAUGCAUCUUCCAGACUCAGCCAGCAAAGUGAAGUCCAACCAAUCCUGUUGGGACAAGGUGGACAUGCUUUUGGACCCUGGAAAUAGAUUCCACAUGUCUCCAGAGACCCACCUGAGACAGCUGCUUGAAACACUGGACAUGGUGACCUCCAUGUGCGCCAGUAGAGGACGCACUAAACGUAUGCGACUGCUGCGCAGGGAAAUCAACAGUAUCCGGGACAAGCUCAGCUGCCACCGGCGAACUUCACGACUGCUCAGUGGUAACAUCAAAAAGGAAGACAAGCAUAAGGAGGAAGGACGGAAUGAAACAAUUAAUUAUGCAACAGCCAUUCCAGGGGACGCCCUACCAAAUGCUCCAGUCUUCUGCCUGGAAACAGGAGGAAGGACCACCCAUGGCCAGAUUUAUAAACGGCAAGGAUGCAGAGGCAGAGGGAGAGGCAGAGGAAAGGUGAAACCUCCCAGUGAGGCUUCUGCCCAUACAGAAGUAAAAGAUGAUACACUCCAUCUGAAGGAACGACACACUCUGGCCAUGUCCUCACAAGAGGAGACUGCUAUCAGAGUUUCCUCUCUGGACAGUUCACCAAUUUUGCCCAAGUUGGGUGUAGGCCGCCGCACAUCCAUACUAUUCAAGAAAGCUAAAAAUGGAGCCAAACUGACCAAAAGCAUGCUGUUUUCACUCCAGAACAGAGUCACUGCUGACCAAACAAGUGAAAAACUGUCAGAUCAUAGAUCUCAGCCAAGCCUCAUUUGCACACCACCGACCCCAAAAUUUCCUUCCAAAGAGAAUGGCUUGACAAAUGGUCUUAAAAAACAGAAGAAUAGAACCCCAGAGUCAGAGAGUUGCUCUACUGCUCAUCAAAACACUAGUUCACCUCCCAAAUUCAGUCAAGGCGACCCAUCUUUAAACAAGGUUCCAGUUGGGGAGGGAGAGAACACAAAGGCUGAUUCAGAGACCAAUCUGGAGCCUCUCAGCUUGGUUUGGGCUAAAUGCAGGGGCUACCCCUCAUAUCCUGCUAUGAUGGUAGAUCCUGACCUGCCCAAAGAACGAAUUCUUCCUAAUGGCAUCGUAGUCCCAGUACCACCGCAGGAAGUGCUGAAAUUGGGUGAGCGCAGACGGAUGGAAACAGAGGACAAGCUAUUCCUUGUGCUGUUCUUUGACACGAAAAGAACUUGGCAAUGGCUACCAAUGGGCAAACUCCAUCCAAUGGGGAUUGAUGACACUGUGGAUAAACUUCACCUGAUGGAAGGCAAGAAACCAACUGUACGGAAGUCUGUACACAUGGCAUAUGAGCGUGCAAUGAAGCACCUCAGCAAUGUGCAUGAAAAGAGGAACUUCAGCCCCCCCUCUUACAUUUAAAGCACUAUACUGUGAUAUAGAACUCAAACUUGUCAUGUUGUGGUUGAAAGCGAAACCUUAGAAAUGUUCAUAGAUAUAUUUUGUGUGUCAGCAUGAUAAUUUAUAUGCUGUGAAUAGAAGUCAGGUGUGUUUUUCUCUUGCAGAGGUCCAAGACCUUUCUGGUACUUAGAUGGGCCCUGUUUUGAGCCAUGUGACCACUAUCAAGAAAAUUAAUAAAUGUACUGACCCAUCUCUAAAAAGUAGAACUAAAAUGACAUACUGGCAAUGCCUGUCAUUGGUUAUGUUUAGGCCUACAUGCUGCCUAAUAAUCUGUUAACAAUCUGACUAAUGGCUCAAUUCGAAUAAGAAACAUUCAUGUGUACAAUUCCUUGCAAAUAGAGUAAACUGAUUCAGGCCAGUGUCUGUGUUUGAGUCACACUUCCUGGUGGAAUAAAUACGUCCUAUGGAAAAAACAGUUCUUGUUACACAUUGUAAGUCUGAGAUGUGAAUGUGAUGGUGUGAUAGCUAUUAAACUUGAGGCAGAUGUGGACGUGGAUUACCUCAGUAAAGUUCAGCAUUUAAUAUUAGCCAGGAAUUCAGAAAGGAUGCAGAAUGUACAUAUUAUUAAAAAAAAGAAGG